ACUGGCCCCGUUUGUAAAACACCAGAAAGCUUUAACCUGUUGUUUUCCCUCAUUCCCACAGACAAUCACCUCAGCCCAGACAACAGCAGCUCGCCCAACGCCAGCUCCCUGGGGCGCUCUGCGCGUGACGAGUUCACCACCAUCGUCCUGCCCGUGCUCUACCUCGUCAUCUUCCUGGCCAGCCUCCUGCUGAACGGCCUGGCAGUGUGGAUCUUCUUCCACAUCAGAAACAAAACCAGCUUCAUAUUUUACCUCAAGAACAUUGUGGUUGCAGACCUGCUCAUGACGCUGACGUUCCCGUUCAAGAUCAUCCAGGACUCGCGGCUGGGGCCGUGGCACUUCAACUCCUUCCUGUGCCGCUACACCACGGUGCUGUUCUACGCCAACAUGUACACCACCAUCGUCUUCCUGGGGCUCAUCAGCAUCGACCGCUACCUGAAGGUGGUGAAGCCCUUUGGAGACUCCAGGAUGUACAGCAUCACCUUCACCAAGAUCCUGUCGGCCUGCGUGUGGGUGGUGAUGGCGUUCCUGGCGCUGCCAAACCUGAUCCUCACCAACGGCUACCCCACCAGGAGAAACGUCGACGACUGCCUGAAGCUCAAGUCUCCCCUGGGAGUCAAGUGGCACUCGGCUGUCGUCUACAUCAACACCUGCACGUUCGUGGUGGUGCUGGUGGUGCUCAUAGGGUGUUACAUUGCCAUCUCCAGGUACAUCUAUAAAUCCAGCAAACAGUUCAUCAGCUCGUCCAGCCGAAAGCGGAAGCACAACCAGAGUAUAAGGGUUGUCGUGGCCGUGUUUUUCACCUGCUUUCUGCCCUACCAUUUGUGUCGAAUACCCUUUACUUUUAGUCAUCUGGACAAAAUUUUAGAUGACUCUGCACAUAAAAUCUUAUAUUAUUGUAAGGAAAUGACACUGUUCCUGUCCGCAUGCAACGUCUGUCUGGAUCCAAUCAUUUAUUUUUUCAUGUGUCGAUCGUUCUCACGAAGGCUGUUCAGGAAAUCCAACAUGAGAACCAGGAGUGAGAGCAUCAGGUCCCUCCAGAGCGUCAGGAGGUCGGAGGUGCGCAUCUACCACGAGUACACUGACGUCUGAGGGCACCUGCAGAGACUCUGCUGGCU